UAUAUGAAUAUGAUCGCUUCGACCAAGACGAAGUCACCGUACCAUCAAAACACAGACACAAGCUCACCAUGUCUUCUUCUUGUCCCACUCCCAUCAGCAGCGAGAUCGACAUGACCGGCGUCGACCCUUCUUCGUCCCCUGCUGCACCCACAACCGUUCGAGCCACCGUCGUUCAGGCCUCCACCGUCUUUUACGACACUCCGGCGACCCUCGAUAAAGCGGAGAAGCUGUUGGCAGAAGCAGCAGCACUGGGGUCGCAGCUGAUCGUGUUCCCCGAAGCCUUCAUUGGUGGAUACCCUCGGGGGCUGAACUUCACCGACCGCACGGCGAAGGGCAAGGAGAGUUUCCGCAAGUAUCACGCGUCGGCCAUCGAUGUGCCUGGACCUGAAGUCGAACGUCUGGCCGCCCUGGCUGGAAAAUUCAAAGUGUACCUGGUGAUGGGUGUCAUAGAGAGAGACGGGUACACGCUCUACUGCACGGUCAUCUUUUUCGACUCCCAGGGCCGAUAUCUUGGGAAACACCGCAAACUCAUGCCGACUGCUUUGGAGCGUCUCGUUUGGGGCUUCGGAGACGGAUCGACGAUCCCUGUUUUCGAUACCUCGAUCGGCAAACUAGGCUCGGUCAUCUGUUGGGAAAACAAAAUGCCGCUGAUGAGGACUGCUAUGUAUGCCAAAGGCAUUCAGAUAUACUGUGCUCCAAACGCUGAUCCUAACGCAACCUGGCAAUCGUCCGUGAUUCACAUUGCCCAUGAGGGCGGAUGCUUCGUGCUUUCGGCCAAUCAGUUCUGUCGAAGGAGCGAUUACCCUCCUCCGCCGGAAUAUGUUGUCAGCGGGACCGAUGAUGAUCACCUGCCGGACUCUGUCAUAUGCGCCGGCGGCAGUGUCAUAGUUUCGCCGCUCGGCACAGUCCUUGCUGGACCGAAUUUUGAAGGAGAGGGUCUCAUCACAGCUGAGUUAGAUCUCGGAGAUAUUGCACGGGCGAAGUUCGCGUUCGAUGUCGUCGGGCAUUAUUCGAGGCCCGACGUGCUGAGCCUCGUCGUGAAGGACCAUCGAGCUAGUCCUGUGACCUUCGCCUCGACGGAGCAAGCCUCUAAGCCUUGAGGCGCGAGAGGCGUCUCCCGAUUCGCCGCUUCUACUUCAUGCCUAGUUAGUAAGCGUCCGACGGCGAUGUCUUCCAGGGCCAUUGCUUUGCAACUUCAAUUUCUAUGUCGAAUAAAUCCAGUUUGUGUCUGGCCAACGGGAAUGGUCGGCAAUUAGAGCGGCGGCCGUUGUCUCAGAUGACUCGUCUCGGAUGUUCUCUAAGUUGUUUAAGUUGCCCAAAGACCAGUUCGUUAUCUGUACUUUGUAUUUCAAGAAAUUGUGUAUUAAAAAUAAACUAAAUCAUUAACUAGGCUUUUUCGCGGCCUUGGAUUUA